GGAUCCAACUUAUGCUACUCAAUCAAUGUUAUAUGAUGAUCUUGGGGAAGAUUUACUUAACCAUGCUUUUGGAGGAUAUAAUACUUGUAUUUUUGCUUAUGGUCAAACUGGUUCUGGAAAAUCAUAUUCAAUGAUGGGAUAUGGUGAAGAUAAAGGAAUCAUACCUUUAACAUGUUUUGAAUUAUUUAAAAGAAUUGAUAAUUCCAAUGAUCCAAAUUUAACUUACCAAGUUCAGGUUUCAUAUAUUGAAAUUUAUAAUGAGCGUGUUAGAGAUUUAUUAAAUCCUAAAAAUAAAGGAAAUCUUAAAGUCAGAGAACAUCCUUUGUUAGGUCCAUAUGUUGAAGAUUUAUCUAAAUUGAUUGUUAAUUCUUUUGAAGAUAUUGAAAAUUUAAUGGAUGAGGGUAAUAAGGCAAGAACAGUGGCAGCAACAAAUAUGAAUGAGACUUCAAGUCGUUCUCAUGCUGUAUUCACAUUAUUAGUAACUCAAAAACGCCAUGACCCUGAAACUAAUAUGGAUACUGAAAAACGUGCAAAUUCUACUGGUGCAACAGGUGCACGGUUAAAAGAAGGAGCAAAUAUUAACAAGUCUUUAACAACAUUGGGUAAAGUUAUUUCUGCUUUAGCUGAACAAUCAUCAGGUGGUGGUGGUGGUAAAAAGGGAGGAAAGAAAGGCGAUAGUUUUGUACCAUAUAGAGAUUCAGUAUACAGUUUGGGUGGUAAUUCUAAAACUGCUAUGAUUGCUGCAAUUUCACCUGCUGAUUAUGAUGAAACCCUUAGCACUCUUCGUUAUGCUGAUGCAGCCAAACGUAUUAAGAAUAAGGCUGUUGUCAACGAAGAUCCUAAUGCCAAACUUAUUCGUGAACUUAAAGAAGAAUUACAAUUAUUGCGUGGUAAGCUUGGUAUAGAUCCUAAUGCAAAUAUCAGUGACGUAAUAGGAGAAUCACGUAAGGAUGCAGAUCUUCCACCUUCUCAACAAUUUGUUGUACUUACGGACAAGGAUGGUAAUACAAUAAAGAAGAAUAAAGAAGAAUUACUUGAUCAAAUACUCGCUUCUGAAAAAUUGAUGACUGAAGUUAACGAAACGUGGCAAGAAAAAAUGCGUAAAACUGAAGAGAUUCAACGUGAACGUGAAAAAACUUUGGAAGAGCUUGGCAUUAUG